AUGCCUGGACAAAUGGAAUGGACUGGAACAAAUCCAUCAUAUGUACCGAAUCAGACAUUGCCGGCAACGGACCGUGAAAGAUCAAUGUCUCCAAGAAUAUACGGAGAUGUCAGCGGGAUGCGAAAACGAGGAAGUUAUCACGAUGAAGAAAUUCCUCUAAAAGAUCCACAUUUGGUCACUGGGAAACAAAACAGUCAGCAGGAACGUCGUGUAUACGUCGGAAACCUUUCCUACCAAGUUCGAUGGUAUGAAUUGAAAGAUUUUAUGAAACAAGCUGGUCAUGUACUGUAUGCGGAAAUCUUAAAUUUACCGAAUGGUCUAUCAAAGGGUUGUGGUAUCAUAGAGUACUCGACCAGUGAGGAAGCACAAAGAGCAGUGGAAACCCUUAGCAACAAAGAGUAUAUGGGCCGCCUCAUUUACGUUCGAGAAGAUCGUGAGCAAGAACCCAAGUUUGGCUCUCGUGCAUUGUCUCAUGGGCAUCUGCUUGAUCGAGGAAAUGAUGUUGGCCGGCAGUUAUUUGUAGGAAACCUUCCCUAUUCUGUCCGUUGGCAGGAUCUGAAGGACUUAUUCCGGCAGGUUGGAACCGUUGUUCGUGCCGACGUGCAAAUGAACCAGGAUGGUCGUUCCCGUGGUAUAGGAAUCGUCCUUAUGAGCUCUGCAAAAGACGCACAUGACGCUAUCGAAAUGCUAAACAACACUGCCUACAUGGGUCGUACACUUGAAGUUCGUUUGGAUCGUUUUGCCAAGAAUAAAAAUAAUUCAUACCCUGUACGUGGCGUUGGCUUCCCUAGUUAUUCUCAUGAUGCUUCCUCUAUGAUGAAUAAUCCGCUGUACAUGCCAACCAUGGUUGGUAUGCCACCAGCAAUAGAUGAGCUUGUGGAUAAUGCCUUCUCAUACGGCUCCCCAUCAAACCGAGUCUACGUUGGUAACUUGCCAUGGGCCACCGUUAAUCAAGACUUGUUUAAUCUUUUUGGUAGCGUUGGCAACGUUGUACAAGCAAAAAUUGCUCAUGAAUCGAACGGUUAUUCCAGAGGCUACGGUGUCGUAGAAUACGAGAAGGAGCAUGAAGCCGCUGAUGCUAUCGAGAAUUUGAACGGUUCUCAGUAUGGUGGAAGACACUUACAAGUUUCGUAUGUUCGUUAUGGUCAGCCGGCGAACCCUCUAUUACCAAGUAUGAUCCCCACCCUGGCGACGGCUCCGGUGACUUACCCUUCUCCUAUUAUCCCUAUUUCUACAUCGAAUUCUCCUAUGACUUCACAUUCGUAUGUCAGUCCUAUGCUCAGUUAUAUGCCUGUUCCUAUGACGGCUUCUGAUCUACCGCCAAACGUCUCUACACCGCCGAUUGUUGACAAUACGGUAAACAACACUCAGCAAAUUUCACCGUCCAACGAAGCGGUAAAGGAUUUUGAACUACUUUCUUCGCUCCGUACGAAUGGAGACUCUUAA